UUAAGGUUUAACCACAAGGCAAAAAGAUAUUUUUUAUGUAAGUUCAAGGAAAAAUUAUCAAUAUACUAUCGACAUGCAUACUGCAUACGAUUACUUGACUGUAUUCAGAAAAACAGAUCUUGUCUCACAAAAAGUUGAAAAAAGGUUACACGAUGCUUCGGAAGUGUUGAGAAUGGUGCAGUGUGGUGAUAUUGGGCCAGCUUCCCAUAUCAGAGUUCGCAGACCUCGCUCCCUUCGUAUUUUGUGGUGGACAUUUGACUAUAGUUACGAUCACCACUUCUUGGUGACCGAGGUAAAGGAAACGCAAUUAACAAUCAUUCACUAUGCACCGAAGAGGAUUUCUAUGAUAAUUCUGUUAAGGGGGGUAGCGGAGAUUAUUGAGGAGACUCUGAUACCGGAGGAUAAGGAGGGGAUCCUGGAUUUUAGUUCUGGGGUGUUCCUCGUAACGUGUGACUGCUACCCAGAGACACACAAACAGAAAACUGACGCUGUAAAGAGGGCCAAAAGACGACUAGGGGAGAGGCAGUACUCAGUGUUUCACAAUAACUGUGACAGUUUUGUCUCGUGGACACUAGUUGGUAAUUCGUACUCACACCAGGCAAUGAAUGCCAAGGGACUUCUUUAUUGUAUUGGAAUCUGUGCAAAAUGUUGCAUUAAAAUUUAUAGAACCUUAACGUUUAUUAAAAACGGUGUUCGUUUAAGGUAAUAAUGAUAGCUUUUGAUUUUUUAUGUAAAUGUACUGUUAUGAUAUUUUUAAGUAUUAUCAUUUUUAUGCCCAUUGACCACAAAGCGUUUGCAU